AUGUCCUCAAUCCAGGCGAACGUUUCUCCGCCGAGCUUACCUCUGUCAACACCCUCUGACAGCCCAACUUCGUUGUCGCGAUCCCACAAGGAUGAUGCUCUAGCUCCCAACCCAGCUGGUACCGAGCACCCCACGCGCGCCGCGGCCCUUCUACUCGAUGCCGUCAGGGACGUUCGACAGAUCAUCCGCCUCCUCCAAUGCCCAAUAUGCUCGAGGAUCAUACAAGAGCCGACGACGCUGCCGUGCGGCAAGAGUAUCUGCAGAAGCUGCCGACCUCCGACCCAUGUGCGAACGAACAUAUCAUGGCCGGCCACAGAGAAUCGACUGCGAGGCUUCGAAUGCCCGUUUCCAGACUGCAGGAAGGAGCAUGCGGCUGCUGAUUGCGCCGUCGAUGUAACAAUGAAUAAGGCACUGACCUUCGUGAAGGCUGCGCUAGAGUUGGAGAGGGAUGGGUCGGUGCAAUCUGAGGUAUCGACGUACGUGGAGGUGCAGGGUCGCUGGGAUGUCGCCGGCAUCCCCUCGAUGGAAGAGAAAGAAAAAGAGUCGAGAGUACUCAAGGGUGGCCGUGUUGUCGCAACUUACACACUGGCCGAGCUCGGCAAGCUAGAUUAUGGGUGCGAAGUCUCGUUUUCAACGGUGGACGCUGGUAACGAUGAGAUCGAAGCGGUUGAUACAGCCAUUUUCCACAAGCUGAAAGAAUCAUUCAAGACGGAGAUGGAUUGCCAGGUCUGCUACGCGCUCUUCCUCGACCCCCUGACGACAACCUGUGGGCACACAUUUUGUCGGUCUUGUCUGCACAGGAUCCUCGAUCAUUCGGAUAUGUGCCCCAUAUGCAGACGCGGCCUUUCCAUGCAGUCACAACUCGAUCCGCAAUCGGUGCCUUCGAAUGACCGUCUUUGCAGCAUGAUCAACGGGUUCUGGGCUGAUAAGGUCGCACUCCGCUCCCAAGCGCACAGGCUCGAACAACAGGCCAACCAUGGAGGGUUUGACAUUCCGCUGUUUGUCUGCACCCUCUCUUUUCCGUCCAUGCCACUUUUUCUCCACGUCUUCGAGCCACGAUAUCGCCUGAUGAUCCGGCGUGCGAUGGAGGCCGAUCGGACUUUCGGCAUGGUCAUGGCGAAGCCUCAAAAUGUCCCUGGUGAAGCCAAUUUUAUGGAACUCGGAACGCUUCUUCGUAUUGUCAGUAUCGAAUUCUUCCCUGAUGGCCGCAGCCUCCUAGAAACCGUUGGCGUCUCACGUUUCCGAGUGACUCGCGAUGGGUGGUUGGACGGAUACGCUGUCGCGAACAUCGCAAAACUUGAUGAUAUCAGCGUCGCAGAAGAGGAGGCAAUAGAGGCAUCUGAGACCAUGCGCGGGGUUGGCGUGCGGACCUUCACUUCACCCACCGAACCACGCGACCCAGCGCAUCCACAGUCUUCUGGGCCCGUUCGGUCGCCACCUGUUCCCAUCUCUCUAGACGACUUGGAAACAAUGUCGACGCAAGAACUCGUUGACGUCGGUAUCAAUUUCGUUACCAGGAUGCGGGCUCAAAGUGUGGCGUGGUUAGCUGCUCGGGUGCUGGCCAUCUAUGGGGACUGUCCUACGGACCCGGCCAUCUUCCCUUGGUGGUUUGCCAGUAUAUUGCCCGUCAAAGAGGAGGAGAAACUCUCCUACACGAAGAUCUUUUAUCAUUGA